UUUUGGAAUGUAAAACUUGCAACACACACGGACGAUAAAAUCAACCAACCUGUUGAUGAAAAUGACGAAACUCCGCUAGCUUGUGAUAUAAAAAUACCACCGGAACAACUUAAACAACAACAAAAAGAUAUGGAAGAGAAAGUUUACAGUAUAUGGACUGUACCUUCUGCUUUCGAAGAAAUGUCAGCGGCUUGUAUCUCUGAUAUGUUACUUCACGUAUCAAAUGGUGCUUAUUUCGAAGGAGUGAAAAUGGCUGAAAAAUUUAUUAGUCAUGUUGAAAUUUUAUUUUCUGCAAUCGAUGAUUUAGAAAUCCAAUUAGUUAAAGCGAGCGGCCAAG